AUGGCUCCCCGAGGCUUCGAGGACGAGGAGCUGACCAUUUCCUUGUCCUCAUCACACGUCCGUCGACCUCAGCAGCAGCAACCGCAGCCGCAGCAACAUGCUCCUCAACCUGGCACCCGCCCCGCCGAUGCGCCGCUCAAGGAGAGGAUCAAGACGGAGCAGCGCAUCGGCGCCUACAAGGUCCUCCGCACCCUGGGAGAGGGCUCCUUUGGCAAGGUGAAGCUUGCUAUUCACAACGGCACCGGCCAGCAGGUCGCCCUCAAGAUCAUCGCCAGGAAGAAGCUCAUCAGCCGUGACAUGGCUGGACGCGUGGAGCGCGAGAUCGAAUACCUCCAGCUGCUGCGUCAUCCCCAUAUCAUUAAGCUGUACACUCCCAAUGAGAUCAUCAUGGUUCUCGAAUACGCUGGUGGAGAGCUCUUCGACUACAUUGUCCAGCACGGCCGUAUGAAGGAGGCUGAGGCCCGUCGCUUCUUCCAGCAGAUGCUUUGCGCAGUGGAAUACUGCCAUCGUCACAAGAUUGUCCACCGUGACUUGAAGCCUGAGAACUUGCUCCUUGACGAGAACCUCAACGUCAAGAUUGCAGAUUUCGGUCUCAGCAAUAUCAUGACGGACGGCAACUUCCUCAAGACGAGCUGCGGCAGUCCCAACUAUGCAGCCCCCGAGGUUAUCGGUGGAAAGCUGUAUGCUGGUCCAGAAGUAGAUGUGUGGAGUUGCGGUGUCAUUCUCUAUGUCCUCCUGGUCGGCCGCCUUCCCUUUGACGACGAGCACAUCCCCAGCCUAUUUGCCAAGAUCGCAAAGGGUACCUACAGCAUCCCCCAGUGGAUGCCUCUUGGCGCCGCCAACUUGAUUAAGAAGAUGCUGGUGGUCAACCCCGUGCACCGAGCCACGAUCGAGGAUAUCCGGGCAGAUCCUUGGUUCAUCACCGAUCUCCCAGUCUAUCUCCAACUUCCCGUCGAAGAGUUUUUCAACACGGGAGUGGACCCCAACAAGGCCAUCCAAAAGAACGAUAUCGCGCCGAACGCCCCCGAAAAGGUUCAAGAGAGACUUCACAAUGAAGUCACGGAAAAGAUCAGCAAGACAAUGGGUUACGGCAAGAACGAUGUCGAGGAGGCACUGCAGGCAUCCGAGCCUUCAGCCAUCAAGGAUGCUUACAUGAUCGUGAGAGAGAACAAGAUGAUGCAAGUGAAUCAACACCCUGAAGCAUUGCUCGAGCCUGAAGGGUCAAGCCCCAUGCUCAGCAUGUCUUCAGCCCGGUCGGCGACUUCGACCACUACCACGACUACCCCUCGCCCUUAUGUGAGCAAGGUUGGCAUUCUGCCUUCAAGUCUUCCAGCCUAUCACAAGGACUACGUCGAGCGAGAAAAGGCCGGCGCCAUCAACAACUCGCCUCCUCAGGUCUUGAUCAACGACGAGCUCCCAGUUGCUAGGACAGAUGCUGAGAAGGAAGAGACAUCACGCCGUCUCAGGCCGCAUUCGCGAAGCCAGCUACGCCUUGACGAAGCCAACACAAGACCCCAAGGCAUGACACCCAUCAACCCUCCUAAGAAGACGAAGCCGGUGCGGUGGCAGUUUGGUAUCCGAUCACGUAACUCGCCAUGGGAAGCCCUUCUGUGCAUCCACAAGGCUCUGCACAAGUUGGGAGCGACAUAUAUCCCUGACGAGGAAUACGAGUCACGACACGCAGAGGAGCGUGCUGAAGCAUCGGGUGACGGCAGCUUUGCCGAUUCCUAUGAUGGAAGCCGAGGCUCCAGCUCGAGCAUUGAUCCUAUGAAGCGAUACAGACUACCAGCCGACCCAUGGCACAUUAAUGUCCGCUGGGAUACGUCAACCCUCAGGAAAAAGCUGGAGGAAAAAGCCGGCACCUCUGAUGGACGACACGCCCAUGAGCCAUUCGUCGCCCUGCACCUGGAUAUUCAGAUCUACGAAAUGGAGCACGGGGUCUACCUGGUUGAUUUCAAGUGCUCUGGUUACGAGACAGCCCAAGGCCGGCUGCUCGAGGAAAAGGACGUCACCAGUCCUUUCCCUUUCUUGGACAUGGCUGCCAAGUUGAUUAUGCAGCUGGCGGAAGCGGACUAGGGGAGGGAAAUUGUUUGAUAUUGGUACCACAAUCAUUCACGUUCCUCGGACGUGCCGAAUCGCACCAUGUUGCGUCCACAGCAAUUUGCUAAGACGCACUCUACCACCCAGAGUCGCGCGCUACCCAUGCGCGUUUGGAGGAAGACGUUCCAGUCCAAGGGAUCGUUUCAAGGAGGCCAUUGCGGAGCGGUUGCUCUUGGGAUCGAUAGGUCUUGGCAGUCGGCACCGUGACCGGGCGGACGGACCGAGCCUCGGGGUCGGAUCGGAGCCGGAAGCGCAAGAGGGGAUGGGAUUUAUAGCCAUCUUGCACAGAUUGUGUUGGCGACGUCUUUUUUUUUCAUUACCACGGGCUGAGUCCAAUCACUCAAUGUUGAUACGAAGUUGCAAUGCCUAUAUGCAGUAUGACGGGUUCAAGGUGGAAGGGAACAGGGCGCAGGAAAGGUAAUGGCACGGAUUACACCACCUAGAUAGAUUUGGGAGGGAGGUGCCAGCGAGCUCACAUUACUUCACAUAUUCAGAUGAAACGUCGAGAUUG